GGUCCUCCUUCUCCUGCUCGUCCUCCUCUCGCCGCCACUGCCUCCGCCGGACUGAAGCAGCCGGGAGGCGGCGGCGGCUCUGGCUCGGGGCUGCGGGAUGGGGAGUUAGCGCCACGGCGGCGGCAGUGGCCGCAGCGCACCCGGCCGCCGCCCCCCUCGGGCCCGUCCCACCAGGGGCGCCGGGCGCGGCCAGCCCGUCCCGGAGCCAGGCCCGCGGGCGGCGGCGGCGGCGGCGGAGCUGGGCAGGUGGCUGCGGCUGGAAGAUGGCGCCCUCGGGCCCGGGCAGCGUCAGGCGGCGGUGCCGGCGGGUGCUGUACUGGAUCCCGGUGGUGUUCAUCAGCCUCCUGCUGGGCUGGUCCUACUACGCCUACGCCAUCCAGCUGUGCGUAGUGUCCAUGGAAAACAUUGGAGAACAAGUCGUGUGCCUAAUUGCUUAUCAUCUACUUUUUGCAAUGUUUGUCUGGUCCUACUGGAAAACUAUCUUUACAUUUCCAAUGAAUCCUUCAAAAGAAUUCCAUCUCUCUUAUGCAGAGAAAGAAUUAUUGGAGAGAGAACCGAGAGGAGAAGCCCAUCAGGAAGUUCUUAGGCGAGCAGCCAAAGAUCUUCCCAUCUAUACAAGGACCAUGUCUGGAGCAAUCCGAUACUGUGACAGAUGCCAACUUAUAAAACCAGAUCGCUGCCAUCACUGCUCCGUCUGUGAUAAAUGUAUUUUGAAGAUGGAUCAUCAUUGCCCUUGGGUGAACAAUUGUGUUGGAUUUUCAAAUUAUAAGUUUUUCCUCCUCUUCCUGGCUUAUUCUCUACUCUACUGCAUAUUUAUUGCUGCUACUGAUUUACAGUAUUUUAUCAAAUUUUGGACAAAUGGCCUACCUGAUACUCAAGCCAAGUUCCAUAUUAUGUUUUUAUUCUUUGCUGCAGCUAUGUUUUCUGUCAGCUUGUCUUCUCUGUUUGGCUAUCAUUGUUGGCUAGUCAGCAAAAAUAAAUCUACAUUAGAGGCUUUCAGAAGCCCAGUAUUUCGUCAUGGAACAGAUAAGAAUGGAUUCAGCUUGGGUUUCAGUAAAAACAUACGACAAGUAUUUGGUGAUGAGAAGAAGUAUUGGUUACUACCUAUUUUUUCAAGUCUAGGUGAUGGUUGCUCCUUUCCCACCUGCCUUGUUAACCAGGAUCCUGAACAACCAUCUACUCCUGCAGGACUGAAUUCAGCAGUUAAAAAUCCUGAAAACCAUCAAUUUCCUGCAAAGCCAUUGAGAGAGUCCCAGAGUCACCUUCUUAUUGAUUCCCAGUCUUGGACGGACAACAGCACAGACUCGGGAAAGGGCAAAACUGGUAUGAGCAACCCUGCAUUAACCUUGGAGAAUGAGACUUAACUCUUCAAGCAAAAUAAAUUCAUAUUUUAUAAAUGUAAGGUGUCAGUGCUGUAGAUGGAUGGAAGAGAAGGAAAGCACCAUUUGCCAGUUGUUCACAUUUCCUUUCUCCUGGAUAUGCAAAAUAUGAGUUGAUCAGUUCUCUCUAAGCCAUUGCUUAAAACAUAAUACAUUUUUAUACAAUAUACAGUUUGUCUCAACUAACACAAAUUCGUGUUAAAUGUUAAGACUAAGUAUGGUUUAUGAAUCAAGGGAGAUAGUAUCUCCUAUCAUAAAAACUUGGAAUAAAUUUAUGGGCUAGUUUUUCACCCAAAUAUUUGGAUAGCACAAUUUAUUACAUAAAAAGUCCACUAAUCAUCUGAUUUUCAGAUUCAGAAAAUUGAGAGUAUUAUGAUACUGUGUUUGAUUUAAAAGAUUUCCAGUGACAUUAUAAUGAUAAGCUUUUUUUGAAAACCUAUUACCCUAUGAGAAGGUGGAGGUAGAAAAUCAGACUUUUUUGUUGGCUUUCUCUGAUGUGAGUCCAGCCUCAGACUGAGUGAACUGUAAUGACUACGAACUCAUGACAAAAGUCAAGGGGCCUAUGUUGAACAUCACCAUUCAGUUUUGCUGGAUUUUAACCCAAUUCUAGCCGUUGUUCCCUCCUGUAAAAGAAUGAUGAAUAUUGAAGCUUGAGUUCACUGAUAAAGCCAAUCGGCUAGAAAAUUUUUGUCAGAACUAACACAUUCCUCUUACCUCAGAAAUAUAUUUUUCAUCUUUGCUUAAAUUGAAGGACAAUCUAUAAUAACAAUUAUGAGGAUUGUUUUGUGACUUUCUUUGGUCGGUUUGACUUAGAAAAAAAAUCUCUUUUUAGGUUAUUCCUCCUAUUGAACAUAACAAAAAUAUGGAGUUUCUAUUAAUAAUUCCUGAUGGGUCAAUGGAUGAAUACUUCAGUGAUGUCUAUGAUAUUUCUUUGUUCUCUCAGCAAAACUAGGACAGUGAAACUAUAUUAUUCCUCAAAGACCUAUUAAGAUUAAAUUAUGCAAAUAUUCAAAAAUCAUAUAUUUUUGGAAAUUUAGUUCAACAUGAACUAAAGUGGUGCGCUGUUUGGAAAUUUAGUUCAGGAUAAACUUCAGUGGUGUGUUUCUCAAUGCCAAAAUGUUUGGCUUCAGUAAAUACACUGAGAAACUCUUGUGCCUGUAUGCACUACUUAAAAAAAAAGUUUUGUUUUUUAAAAAUUUGAAUGAAGUGUAUGUAAGUUUUGUAAGUGUUAGUUAGCAAUUAGAAUAAUAGGUUGUAUUUUUUUGGUACUGACUUUGAGAAUUUAAAGUAGGUUACCUUUUAAAACUACACAGCUAAGGACUUUGGUAUUUAAUCAAAGAGAAAACAGUAUUAAACUUUUUGAAAUCUUUGUUAGACAAAAAUUCAACACAAAAUAAACUAGAAGACCAGAGGAAAAGAUCCUUGCAGUUAUUCCUCCUUGCAAAAAUAUUGAGUUUUAUACUGAAUGAGUUUAUGGAAGAAUCAAUGCCAGCCUACAUCAUUUUAUAGUUCUUUUGAGUGCCAGUUUUUGAACAAUAGAAAAGCUGUCUUUUUCAGAAUUUUUUUCAAUGAACGAUUUUAAUUCAAAAUCUGCUUUAAGAAAUCUCAGAAGUUGUGGUAGAUUUUCACUUUUAACUUAAAGCAUUUAUGGUCAUCAUUUUUCAUUACCUAAAGUGCCAGAUUGGAGCCCAUAGCUACUGCUAGAAGUCCUAAGGGCAAUAGCAGCAAGUAGUGUAUUAAGAAUUAUAUGCAGCCAGAUUUUUUGCAAAGCACAGAACUAGAGUUGUUUUCCUGGACAGGAUUCUAUUAGGUGUUCUCUCUUAUCACUGUUUUUAAAUUUUAGUAAACCUGUCAAACUGGAGACUAGGAAAAAAAGAGGGAUUUUUAUCCUUUUUCCUGUUAGAAUACUGUUAAGACCUAAAGACUCUUUAGGUCUUUUACUUAAUUAUUUAAAUACAUAAGUCAAAACACAUUAGAAUCAGAUUUGAAAAAAAUAAAUUUUUUUCAUUAAGUUUUAAUGAUUUCUCUUUUCAUAUAGUGGAUAAACUUUCAAGGGUUUUGUUUUGUUUUUAAUUCUAGGGGAUUAUAAUUUUUGGAGAUGGUUGUUUAUCUCAUUAAAUAUGUAGUGUAAAUUUUACCUGAGUGAAUAAAACACCAAACAGACCUACAUUCUGUACAUAUUUAUAAAAUUUACUUUAGAAAUAUUUUAAACAUUUUAUGUUAAAAAGUUGUUGCUUAACUCAAACUUGAAGACACAUUUAUAUUUCAACUUUCCUGAUUAGCCAUUAAUCUGAUAAUUUUGAUUUUUUUCUGUUUUUAGAGAUUCUACCAUAUAGGUAUCAGGAUUUAAUGUUUUUCAUUUAAAAAUAUUGUACCAACUGCUUCAUACAUAUGAGUGAAAUAUUUGCUGUUGUGCAAUAGAAGAGGGUUUGUUUUUUCAAACAUAAAGAAAAUUUUCAUCUAAAUACAGAUGACCAGGCAUUCAAGGAAGUACGUAUCAAUGAAUUCCCUCCUCUUCUACCCUAAUAAAGUUUGGUUGAUGACCUUCA